AUGUUUUUAAUAUUACUUUAUAUAUUCAUAAUAAUUCUUAGUAUUCUAUGUUUUAUUAUCUAUAUUAAAUUAAUUCGUCCUGAAAAAAUUAUCUAUGAUAAACUUUGUAGACAAGGAAUAAAUGGUGAACCAUUUGUAUCUUUAUUUGGUCAAAUUUCCGAAAUACAUCGUUAUAGAGAAGCUGAUAAAAUGAUGAAUUAUUUUGAAGAACUUGUUCAAAAACAUGGCAAUGUUUUUCUAUAUAGUUUUGGUCCAGGUGUACGUUUAGCAAUUAAUGAACCUGAUAUGCUUGCUGAUGUAUUUAGUCGACAGAAUUCAAAAUAUUAUAUAAAACCAACAAUACUUUCUACAGUUUUUGCACCAAUUCUUGGUUAUCAUAAUUUAUUCGUAAUUGAAGGUUCUGAACAUGAACGAGCACGUCGAAUGAUUAAUCUAGCAUUUUAUCAUACAGAUUUAAAAUCUAUGAUUUCAAUUAUUGUUGAUCGUACAAGAAAAUCUAUUGAUAAAAUUGAUUAA